AUGAAAUUGGUUCUUCUAUUUAUUCCAUUUUUUCUCAAUGUUUGCUCUGCGCAACAAUGCAAAAAAGUGGCAUAUUCAGUACGGGGAUAUUUCCUCAGAGAUCAUUUGAUCUCUACUUCAAAGGUUAAAAGUAUCGGUCAAUGUCUGGUCGCAUGCUCGCAGGAUCAGCGUUGUCAGAGUAUCAAUUUUAAGUUUCUUGGUUCCAUUUGUGAGCUAAAUGAUGCUGAUAGGGAAACCAAACCUGGAGACUACAAAUUAAACGAUGGCUAUGCCUACAGCGAUUACUUCAUCAAGGUGAGAGUCAAAAUAAAUUUAUAUGAUGCGGUAUUUUUAACAAAGAUCUUUGAGGAAAAAAAUAGCUAUUGCAACUCCAAAUGUCAAGAAACCUAAAGACCAGACUUCCAAGCAUGGAUAUACAUAAUAUGAUAUGCCCAAGAGCAAUCACGAAUUUGAAUCCUACAUGAUAGUAUUUAAGGAAAAUUUGCAACAAGAAACAGCUACCAAACCUGCAGUAUUUUGGAGCGUCGUUUUCCCAUAGCUAUGAAAAAUUUAAUUUGAGGAUUUUUUAUGCGUCCCUAUCAAGAAAGAUGUGCGAAUUGGGCAUAUAAGACACUCUAGGUAUAAACUAAAUAUAAUACAACGGAAAUCACUAGGGAGCGGAAGAUUUGAGUCUUUCAGAUGGUCAAUAUAGUUUCAGCCAGUAGAACUACUUUCCACAAGUUCAAGGUACAAGGCAAGAGAAAUAGUAACAUAAGGGCUCUAGAUAUCGGAACAUAAACCGUAGGCUUAUCCAACUGAUUAAUAUGGUUAGACAUAUCAAGGGAUGAAAGUAAGAUUUAACACCAAGCGUAACAAAUAGAAGAUGGAAAGUUGUUAUAAUAUUGAGCCCAGCUCUGGCCCUGUGGAAGUGGAUGCUCUCACCCUGACUGACCGGUCUUAGCUACACUGAUCUUAGUAGUAAAUUUAAGGCCUGAACGUUAACAUAUAUUUUACUUUAAUAGGGACCACUGAACCACAAAGUGUACAAGAUGACUCCACAGUUGCUCAAGGCGCAUGCCUCAUACAUCGACAAUUUUCACUCCAUUGACGAUGAUCAAGUAACUUUUCAUGAGAUAACAGAUGAAAGGGUCCCCGAAUCAGCUGACAUGGCUCUAUUGAAAAUUCCUUUGAUACCUGCUGGAAUGCUUUCAGAUCAAGCUCAUCUAACCAUUAAAAUAAUUGUAACCAAUGAAAUCAACACCGGAGUCGACAGCGAUCCAUCUUAUGGCCUAUCAGACGGAACCAAUUUUGUGGGAUUUGAAGUCGUCGACACAAACAAUUAUGACACCUACCCUCCCUGUUUUGGGACGGAGGGUACAUCAGGGGUAUUACUAAAAGAAAGAGAGUACAUUGAUAUGGAUACUCCCUUGAUCAGCAACCGUGUCUAUCCUGGACAGUUUAUCUUCACUCUG